UGGUGUUUGACAUAGGCAGCACAUCUUAUUCUUAGGAAAUUCUCUGCUCUCGCAAACCCACACUCUCUCUUCGUUCCAAAGGGAAAAAGUUCUCAGCUGCUGCUCGCGUUCUUCCAUCUCUGCAUCCCAGACAUCCAAAAAAUGCCCCCCAGCUCCCAACUGAUUAAAUCCUCCUCUCACCGCUUGCUCUAUAUCCCAACUAAUCCCCUCCAAGAAUUCAAUUUCAUAUGCUGUGGAAGGGCCGGGGAAUCCAUUUGCUGCCAACAAAUCCUUCUCUGCCGCCAACGAAUCUCGCUCGCCGCUGAAUCCGUCCCACCAAAGAAACCUCCGCCAUCUCAGUCUUGUCUCUGUUCUCAACGCCUUCACCGCCUCCGUCGUCGACACUGCCUCCGCCGCUUGCCAAGUGCCAAAGCCACUUCAUCGGACAGGUAUCAGCAUUUUGCUGUGAUGUACGGUGGUUUCUCUAUUGGAAAGAGAGCGGAAGUGGAGCUGGAGAAAGGGGAUUUCACAGAAGUCGUGAUCUUGCUCUCAAGGGUAAAAUGGUUCAAGCUUUCAACUCCUCUUUGCAAAGAAGUUGUUCGCUUCAAGGCCAUAGAGUCUAGCUUUGUUUGAAUCAUAUCUCUCAAGGUCUUAAAGUUGUUUAACUUGUUGCAAUCUGCAGGUUUUUUCUUUGUUUCAUUUUUUCUUGUCCCGCUGCUUCUUUGUUUGGAAAGGGACAUGGUCUAUAGCAGCAAAAAUCAUUUCAUCAAUAAUAAAGUUACCUCUGUUAGUUCAUUGGAGAAAACGGCAGCUUCAGCUC